ACCCACCCAAGCAUGCAAGCACAUUGGUCAGUUCGUUGACCUGAGGCCUGAAACACAAGGCUCCAACAUUUUCCUCGGCUGCGGUUGGCGCAAGCUUCGGAAGCAGGGACAGCGAAAAACGCUCGCUUUCUGACCGGACAACUCUCCAUCGAAAUCCAGCCCGAACCUCCGUCGCGACCGCCAGAGGAUACAGCCACGAUGUCUUGGUUCGGUGUCACCCCGCUCAAGAAGUUCCCGACGCCAGUGUUGCGUCCCAUGGCUCCCUUCUUGGCUGCCGCCGUGGUCAUCGCCUACGGCGUCAACGCGGCCCAGAACGCCAUGAUGCAGUCUGAGGAGUUCAAAAACGACCCCCGGAACCCGAACCUCAAGGCGGCGCACUGAGCGGAGGACGCGGGCGGCGAAGGUGUGGUGCAGACGAGAGCAGCGACGACGCGGCAUUUUCCCUGAGCGAUAUCCCCGAAGAGUUGUCCGACAGGCGGACCUGUACCAUAGAGCUACAGCCAACGUCAACUGAGCUGUUGAUUCCGGCCGGCCGUGCAAUGAGGCGUGUGCAAGAGGUGGUCUUGGUGUGGUCCGGAGGCUCGUCCGCGUAUGCUGGCGUUGCUGUGCCAAAAGACACGGAACUUGCUCUGCCCGCUUACCGACGAUCAUAACAUGUGUUUGCAGAGACAACAGUCCGCAGCGUUUGCCAGUUAACAUGCUGAUCUCAGCGUGUUAUCGGCAUCCACCAUCAUUUCCCCGUUGAUGUGGAUGUUUUCGCUCCUGGCAUAGAUCGACCGACCCAUUGCUGGGCGCCCGCAUGGAGGGGGUCGUCUUGACACUCGCCGAUAUGUUGGGAAUCAGUAGAGGUUACAUUUGUUAGAGUGUAUUUGCUCUCAGCUGUCUGGAUUCGGGCUCGUCACUGCAGAUGGUUGGUUGGGGGAGGGGCCAGUGGGGGGACGAGACGCUCCUUGGUGCCGGCAUCUGAUGUGCCCUGUCCACGGGCUGCCCUCAGCCCUCAGCCCUCAGCCCUGCCAGAGUAGUGUAUUAUUUGCUUGCAGAACCUCUACCGCAAUCCAUUGAUAAAAAUACUCUUACCAGUCCUUGCAAUGGUUUUAUUCGGCAUGCCCUUCCUGCUACUAGCGGCGGCCCCACAG